AUGGAGGAAGUAAAUGUUUGUAGCAUCGAGUUUAUAGGUGAACGUCUCAAAAUCGACCCCAGAAUGAAAAUUUUGAAUGGUAGAUUAGCACUCAAUUCUAAAAUCCAACAAUUAGAUCCUACAAUAUUAGUGUCAAUCACAUUGAAUUUUCUCUUAGGAGCUCUUUGUAUGAUCUCGCGGUAUUGGAUGCUAUUCAAGUCUAAAUCUUCGGAAAAUUGUAGUGUUAAAAUGGGACAAAGGAGUAAAGAAGUAAUUGCACUUAAUCUACGAGUGAACUGUGAGCAUAUAGCAAGAAUACCGACUAGCUUAGUAGCCAUUUUUUUUGCAUCUAGUGGCCAAGUCUUUUAUCACUUCAUGAAAUCCUUCAAGCGGGCAAUGAUAUAUCUGUUGAUGCCAUGUUCCAGAAAUGUUAACUCUUCGAGGGGUUUUACUCCACAUAGACUAAAAGAAAGAAAUGAUUUCAAAAGUCUGAAUAAGGCACUGAGAAUUGUAAAUCUUGUGUCACCAAAAUUAACUAUUGGUAACAACUCAAAUCGCCAUAUUCAACUUAUUCAGGACUUACAACAAACUCAUUCUAAGAAUCUUCACAGAGAAAGAUCAUCUGAUCAUUUCUAUAUCCCAAAUUCAGGAAACCAAAAUUCAUCUGAACAAAAGUUUCCUUUUUCUUUCAAAUAUGAUGGACUUUCUGAGGUUUUUGAAUUGCAUAGAAAAGGGUUGAGAAUUGAUGUUGUAGUGCUCUCAUACGCACUAAGUGUUUGUGGUUAUCGACAGAACCUCCGGUAUGGAACUCAACUACAGUGCUUAGCUGUCAAGAAUAGGUCAUGUGUGAAUGUUUAUGUUGGAAGUUCUUUGAUUACCAUGUACACAAGGUAUGGGGAUUUAUGCUCCGCUUGUAUGGUGUUUGAGGAGAUGCCUGUGAGAAAUGUUGUAUCUUGGACUGCUCUUAUUUCUGGAUUUGCAGAGAAAUACCAAGUUGAUGUCUGCGUGGAGCUUUAUAACAAGAUGAGACAUUCAACUGUUAGACCUAAUGAUUUUACAUUAACAAGUCUCUUGAGUGCGCUUGUUAGUAAUGGUUCUCUUGGACAAGGAAAAGCCGUCCAUUGUGUGGCUAUUGUAUGUGGUUUUGAUUCAUAUGUCCAUGUUGCUAAUGCUCUUAUUUCAAUGUAUUGCAAAUGUGGUGAUCUUGUAGAUGCAUUUUGUGUGUUUGAAGUGAUGCAUCAUAAAGAUCUUGUUUCAUGGAAUUCCAUGAUUUCUGGAUAUGCAUUGCAUGGACUAGCUUGGAAAGCAAUUGAUCUCUUUGAGGAGAUGAGCCUGCAGAAAAUAAAGCCCGACAGUAUCACAUUCCUAGGUGUACUCUCAUCAUGUCGUCAUGCCGGGCUUGUUGAACAAGGUCAUAUGUAUUUUAAAUCUAUGGCAGAGUAUGGUGUUGAGCCCGAGUUGGGUCAUUACUCUUGCAUUAUUGAUCUUCUUGGUCGAGCUGGCUUGGUUGAGGAGGGAAGAAAUUUUAUUUUACGCAUGCCAAUACAGCCGAAUGCCAUAAUAUGGGGCUCACUUCUUUCCUCUUGUAGACUUCAUAAUAAUAUUUGGAUCGGAAUAGAGGCUGCUGAAAACAGGCUUGCAUUGGAACCUUCAUGUGCUGCCACCCACUUGCAGCUUGCAAAGUUGUAUGCGAGAGUGGGUAUGUGGGAUCAAGUAGCAAAAUCAUGGAAAAUGAUGAAGGACACAUCAUUUAGAACAAAUCCUGGAUGUAGCUGGAUUGAGAUAGGAAAUGAAGUCAUAAGCUUUCAAGCAGAUGAUGCGACCAACUCCAGAAUGAAUGAGGUUCUCUAUAUGUUGGAGGGUUUAAAUGGGCAGAUGACAUCUGAUCAAGAGACUGAAUCUUGUGAAAAUUUUGAUUCUUAUUCUUGUUCUUAG